CCCCCCCCCCCGUGGGAGCUCUGCGGGGCUGCCUGGGUGACAAGGAAGGCGGGAAUGUCCCAGGAGAGCCGAUCGGCAGCUCUCCCGGCGGAGCCGCUGGCGUUCAGGGGCCCCGGGCGGGACUAGGGGACCUCCAGGGUCCCUUCCGGCCCUGCGCCCCUAUUCGUUCUGCAGCUCUGGGGGUUCCCCGGCGCUCCGCUCCUCCUGGCGGCCAGAGACCCUCCGGGAGGACCCCGGCCCCUCCCCAGCCCCGCACCCGGGGAAGAGCCGGGCCAGCCCCGCUUGGCCGCGGAGCGAUCUCGGCGUGGCCCCCUUUCCUCGCCGGGGACGCCCCCCCUCCAAGCGCCGCUGCUUCGGACGCCCCUUUCGACCCCCGCCGCCCCCCCGCUGCGAGCCCCCAAGUGCCCCGGUGCCCCCCCCUCCUCCUCAGAGGGGGGCGGGGAUCCACGUGCCAGGCGGGGCGGGGCAAGGGCGGGGCUUUCCCUCGCCGGGGCGGAGCCUUGGCAGCAGCAGGAGGAGGAGACUCUCGGCCGCGCCCCUCUCCCGCGCGGGGCAGGCCGGGAAAGGCGGAGCGCGCCUCCUCCUGAUUGGCCGGGCGGGGCGCGCGCCAAGUUUGAACCGCCGCCACCUUCCCUCCCUCCGUCUCCGCUGCCUCCAUGGCGCCCGGCAAGAAGCGGCCGACGACCCGGGGCGCCCCGAAGGCCUCUGCGCGGGACAAGCGGGUGGACGCCUUCCUGAAGGACUUCGACCGCGAGGUGCGGUCGCGGCUGGCGCAGGUGCGGGCGGCGGGCAAGAGCCUGAAGAAGGACGCGGAGAACCUGAGCAACAUGGAGGUGCUGCGGCUGCCGCUGGCGCUGCGCGAGAUGAACUGGCUCGCCUUCCUGGCCCUGGGAGGCAGCGACCGCGCCCUGGAGAAGGUGGCCUCGAGCGAGGCGGAGAUCGCGGAGAUCACCCAGCUGGCCUCCACGGCCAUCCAGACGCCCUUCCGGAUCGCCAAGAAAGCCAAGCAGACCAUCGAGACCAUCGAUGAGGAGACGGGGGCGUCUCUGCUGCCCGCAGGCAAGAAGUCCAGGCAGGAGGACCAGGCGGCCGUGGAUCCGGAGGGGGGGGCCCAGAAGCCGGGGAAGGUGCAGACCUCCACCAAAAGGCCCCCAAACGCCAAGAGGACCCGCCCCCCUUCAUCCCGAGCCAAGAAUUUCCGGAAAAGGCUCAGCAAAGUGAACCUCGUCACGCCGGCCAGCCGAGGGAACCCCACAAAAGCCGCCACUCCUCUCUUCACACCUGCCGGCAAGUUUGACUCCAGCGUUUUCAGGACGCCCGGCCUGCGGGCCCCUGCCGCCCACGAGCGGACCUUCAGCAUCUCGGUCAACGGCAGCCCCCUGGCAGACAGGAACGAGGUCUUCCUCACGGUGCCCCUGGGCGGAGGAGAGAACGUCCAGAUCAGGGCCAGCGAGCUCUCGGAGAGGGACCUGGCGGGGCUGAGCGCACAAGCCCUGGGCAGCAUGAAGAAGCUCUCGAGCCAACUUGUGCAGCUCUGCAGCCGAAUGGGCAGCCACAAGUAGAGGGGCUUCCAACCAGUCGCUUCGUCCUGUCCUGGGGAAGGAAGAUUUCGCUCACGGACGACGUCCUCCAGAGGCUGCAGAGGGCGGGAAU